AUGGGCUACGGCGACGGCAAGGGAAAGGGGGACUGGAACCCAUGGUUCGGCUACAACCCCUGGAUGAUGUCCAUGAUGAAGGGAAAGGGCAAGGGCAAAGGUGGCCUAAGGAGCUUUGAUCAGAAGCUGAAGGUAUGGAUUGGUGGCCUCCCAGCCGACAAUUGCAGCAUCGAGCUGAACAAGCGCCUCAAGGAGCACAUGUCCUCAGCAGGUGGGCUUUGCCUCUACGCCGAGGUGGGAAAGAGCGGAAACGCUGGCGCGGCUUUCAAGACCCCCGAGGAGGCGGCCGCGGCCAUCGCGGCACUAAAUGGCUCGGUGUUCGAAGGCAUUCAGCUGCAGGUUGACCAGUGGACGAAGAAGGAGCCACUGCCGACACCGCCACCCGGGGUGUGA